UUACUGUCUGCUGGCUGGUGUGUGUUUUCUCCUGCUGAUCAAACUUAGGGGAAUAUACAUAUCUAUUUUUUCUUUCUUUCUUUAUUUAUUUCCUUUCCUUUCCGUAUGUAAAUCAAAUAGCAGAUCUGUUUAGCGCGUUGGGAUUCUUCCAUUUGGUGCCAUGGAAGAUUGUAAUAAAGUUUUGAUCAUCAUCGCGGCCACGUCUUUUGUCCUGAUGCUCGGCUGCAGCUUCGUUGUUUUCUGGCUCUUUCGGAGGUAUUCGGCUGCAAAAGAGUGCCUCCUUCUCCUGCGUCGCCUGGACCUCAACGAACCCCGGAAGCGCCGCCUCUCGCUCCGCCCCCCGUCCUGCAUCGCCCCGCCUCUUCCGCCAAAGCGAACUACCCCCAACCGCAGCGGAAUGGCCUACAGACCUCCCGACGCGCCUCCUGCAAGUGACGGCGAGUCAUCUCCGGAGUCUUUCUCGUAUAUAUCCCCCGACGUCCUAAGGGCUUCCGUCAUCCAGGAGGAGGAGGAGGAGGAGGAGGAGGAGUCGAGUUCGUAG